GUCACAAGUAUUACGCCAACAUUCUGUGUGUCCACUGUCGAGUACGGAUUUGGUCUGUUUUAUUUCCUUCUCUCAAACGAUUUCUGGAAGAUAUAUUUUGUAUAGGUUUUGUGUUUCAAUCGUCGUUUGUCAUUAACGCACAUACAACACCGUAUAUCCGAAAAGCCGUAAUCACAAUACACCUGUAAACAACAUACAACUCUGUGAACUACCUAACAUAAUGCUGCUUAUUACGGCAAUAGUCGUGUGCGCCACAACCCUUGGUUGUAUAGUGAUGAUUCAAGCCACCAACAACCAAAAGCCGAUUCAACAAGACCAGAUACCGCCACUUCAAACCGCUCCUGUUUGGUUAAAUGCCUGCAAAAAGAAAGACCCGAAUUUGGACGAAUGUAUCUGUAUGACUUUUCAAAACAUGUUUCCUUACUUGGCGAAAGGUAUACCGGAAAUUGGAACCAGACCGUUCGAGCCAAUGAAUAUUGAAAAAGUGUCUUUAACUAAAGGCCAAGGUGCCAUAACAUUAUCCGGAGCAUUCACAAAUCUUAUUGUCCACGGACCAAGUAAUACAACUGCUCUGUAUACAAAGAUGGACUUGGUUAAAAAUCGUCUAGACAUUGGUCUAUUCAUACCAACAAUCAAAGUAGAAUCGAAAUACGAUCUGAAAGGAAAUUUGUUAUUAUUACCACUGGUUGGUGUAGGUGAUGCUAAACUAUACCUGAAAAAUGUAACUACGCACGUACAGACAAAAAUCUACUUCCCAAAAUAUAUGAACGAAACUGUGAUGGUGGCUAGCAGUAUGAAAGUAGACUUUAAUUUAGCUGCAAUGCGAGCCAACUUUGACAAUUUGUUCAACGGCAAUAAAGUAUUGGGACGAACUGUUAACACGUUUUUGAACCAAAACGCGUUGGAAGUGGUAAACGAACUAAAAGAAAAUAUAGGUGAAAAUCUAUCAACUAUAUUUAAACAAAUUAUGAACGAUGCAUUUAGUCACAUACCAACAAAACUGUGGCUUCAAGAUGAUUAGUUGGCUUAUGAUGUAACUAUAUUAUAUUGUGAGCAUUGUUGUACAUAUAGCCUAUUUCGAAUUAUUUUAACGUAUGUAUUAUUAUUAUAUUCGUGAUUCGUAAUGAAUAAUGAUAGUUAAUUA